CCGUAUAUUCACCCCACCUCCUUCUCCCUCUCUCUCUCACUCCCUCUCCCUCUCUCUCGCUCCCUCUCUCUCUCUCUCUCUCUCCCCCCCUCGCUUGCUUUUCCUUCUUUAUUCUCUCACACUCUUCCUUUCACAAUCAUGCAGUGCAGAGUCCGUGUGGAGUAAGGAGAAGCCAAUAGGAUGAGGUUUUGGUAAUAGAUGCAAAUGAUCAUGAAAAGACACUGCAAAAUAUGAAACAACUCAUUUGCGCUGAAGUAAAUCACUGAAAACUGUUUAUGAACUGGCAUCUCUUCUUGGAAAUGUAAAGCGAGAACUCUUUAAGUGGCGAUUUUUUUUUUUUUUUAGGGGUGGGGGGGAGGAAAGAAUUCAAUAUCAUGCAGGCUUAGAGUUUUGAUUAUAUCCUCCUUUUAUAUUCCUGGAAAACACAAACUGUCGUUGCUUAGCAUCUUAGCGCUUUCUUUUUUUGCUGAUAGAUUCCCGUGGUCAGGUUUGGUUGGCUACUUCUUUUUUUUUUUUUUUUUUCCUCCUCCGAACAAAUAUUAUUAUUUAAAUUAAGAUGAGCUCUUAUUUUGUCAACUCACUCUUCUCCAAAUACAAAACCGGGGACUCCUUGCGUCCCAAUUACUAUGACUGUGGGUUCGCUCAGGAUCUUGGGGGCAGACCCACGGUGGUGUACGGACCCAGCACGGGGGGCACCUUCCAGCAUCCGACCCAAAUCCAGGAGUUUUACCACGGAGCAUCCUCACUCUCCAGCUCCCCUUACCAACAGAAUCCCUGCGCCGUGGCGUGCCAUGGGGACCCCAGCAACUUCUAUGGCUACGACCCCUUGCAAAGGCAGAGCCUCUUCAGCGCCCAGGAGUCGGACUUGGUGCAGUACACGGACUGCAAGCUUGCUGCCAGCGGCCUUGGAGAGGAGGCGGAGAGCUCGGAGCAGAGCCCUUCUCCGACCCAGCUUUUCCCCUGGAUGCGACCGCAAGCCGCUGGACGGAGGAGGGGGAGGCAAACCUACAGCCGCUACCAGACGCUGGAACUGGAGAAGGAAUUUCUAUUUAAUCCCUACCUGACCCGCAAACGGAGGAUCGAGGUCUCGCAUGCCCUGGGAUUGACAGAAAGGCAGGUCAAAAUCUGGUUCCAGAACAGAAGGAUGAAAUGGAAAAAGGAAAACAACAAAGACAAGUUUCCCAGCAGCAAAUGCGAGCAGGAAGAACUGGAAAAACAGAAAAUGGAAAGAGCCCAGGAGGUGGACGAGGAAGGGGAAGCACAGAAGGUGGACAAGAAAUAAAAGGAUUUUUAAGGACUGAAAGGCAAGCGCUGCUGGGGUGGAAGAGCCCCUAAGCCCCACAUUAAUGAUAGUUAAUGUAAGGGAGGGGUGGGAAACAACAAUGCAUAGAAAAGAGAAAGAAAAAAAAAACAUUUUAUUGCUGUAAAACAAUAUAGCUGUAAGCACCACUUUCCUGAUUAUCCUUUGAAACAAUGAACAGUAUGCAAAAGUGGUCUGGAGGUCUCUCCUGCCUUUUGCCAGUUAUUAACUAGUGGUAGUGUAACGCAAUAGCUUAUGUAAAACAUGACUGUGAAUUUUUUUUUCUCUCUCUCUGUCUUUCUGUCUCUCUCUUCUUUCCUGGGGGGUGGGUUGGUUAACAUAGCUUUCAAUGCUAUAGAAGUUAUGUGAAAUUACAUUUGUGCACUUUUUAAAAAAUUUCCACUUUUUUUGUUGUGGUUUAUCUGUAUGUACUGGAGGUAGCGAUUGACACAAACAUCCCAACAACAUGAAACUGCCUAUUUAUGCUACAGUUAUCUCUCUCUUUUUCUCUCUUUACUUUCCUUACUUCUGUUCUUUUGUUCGCUUCAUUUUUUUUUGUUUUGUUUUGUUUUUUUUUCGAUUUUUGAAUGUCUCUUAAAAAAAAAGAGAAAAAAAAACAUUAAAAAACGUUUUCCUCUCCUUUAGUUAGCAUGCGCACAGUGAAGCAAGUUGUAAAGUGAUCUUUAGGUUAACUGUGAAAAAGAAUGUAUACUGUAUACGUGAAUUACUUUAUUGGGGGAACUAAUGAUAUAUUUUGUUGUUCUUUCAUCACUUUGUUCUAUUGUCUAAACCUGGAAGCAGCGGAAGAAAGUUACAAUAAAGUUUACAA